AUAUUUGCAAUCAACAAUCUCUCUCUGAAUUCGAAAUUUGGAAUUUCGCAAAAUUGAUAUAGAUUGGGUGCUCAGCGUAUUUCUUAUUGGUCUCUCUCGAGCGUGCAUUCAUAUAGUGCCGCUCUUCUCAGGCUGUGAAGAUGCCGGAGAUUCAGUUGGGUGCUCACACAUUAAGAUCUCAUGGUGCUCAAGUAGCCAGGUUUCACAUGCAUGAUUGGUUUAUACUUUUUCUGCUUGUGGCGAUCGACAUCAGCCUGAAUGUCAUCGAACCAUUUCACCGGUUUGUUGGUCAAGAUAUGAUGACUCACCUCAAGUAUCCGUUGAAAGAUAACACCGUUCCCAUUUGGGCUGUUCCGAUAAUUGCAGUAAUAUUGCCUCUCCUUGUCAUUCUUGUCUUCUACUUCAUUCGACACAAUGUCUAUGAUUUACACCAUGCUCUGCUGGGACUGCUUUUUUCUGUACUUAUUACUGGUGUUCUCACUGAUGCAAUUAAAGAUGCUGUUGGCCGACCUCGACCAGACUUCUACUGGCGCUGCUUCCCUGAUGGUAAACCGUUUUUUCAUAAUGUGACAGGGAAUGUCCAGUGCACUGGAUCAAAGAGUGUCAUAAAAGAAGGUCAUAAAAGUUUUCCCAGUGGACAUACUUCAUGGUCCUUUGCUGGGCUUGGCUUCCUGGCCUGGUAUUUGUCUGGUAAAAUUAAAGUGUUUGAUCGCAGAGGCCACGUAGCAAAGCUCUGUCUCGUCUUUUUUCCAUUACUCUUGGCAGCAUUAGUAGGAGUUUCGAGAGUUGAUGAUUAUUGGCAUCACUGGCAGGAUGUCUUUGCUGGAGGUCUACUAGGGUUGACAGUUGCUUCAUUUUGUUACUUGCAAUUUUUUCCUCCACCAUAUGACAUAGACGCAGGUUGGGCUCCUCAUGCAUAUCUAACAUGGUGGCAGAGUCGAGAGUGA